AUGGCCAUAGAGUCGCCAGCACUUGCGGAGGCCUUGGUUGCCUACUCUGCAAAUCAGCUAUCGGAAUUUGAUGAUAGCUAUUCGUCAACUGCGUUGCUUGCACGGUCUCGGUCCCUCUCCGCGCUAGCAAAGAGCAUUACCAACCCGUCGUAUGAUAUCGCAAGCCGGGAGGCCCAUGUGGCGGCAGCUUUAGUCCUUCUGACGUCCGAAGUGUGUCACGGAAACUAUGCUGCCUGGUAUCAGCACCUAGUUGGAGCUAAACAUCUAAUUCUAUCCGCGGGGCACAAAUCAGCAAUUGGUUGUGGUAGCCCCCUUGGAACCGACGCCUUUCAGAAAAGCCAGGAAGGACGCUGGGUCUUGCGAAACUUUGCAUAUCACGACAUCCUCGGCAGUGUAACGAUGGGCACCAGUCCCCUCAUUGAUGCUUCCUAUCUGCGGGAUAUGAAAGGCAUUAUUGACACCUACAUGGGUGUCGGCAUUGAGAUCUUGACGUACAUCGCACAAAUCAGCACGCUUGUUUCGAAACCCACCAACGCCACUAAUAUCAAUACGUUUCGAAGUAUCGAGGAAAAGCUACUGGUGUGGCAACCUGACUCAAACAUAUCUCCUGGCUUGAAUCUCGUUGCAUCCGCCUAUCGUAAUGCUGCGCUAAUCUAUCUCUACAGAGAAAUGCGCUGCUGUUGUCGGCAUCAAUCGAUAAGUAAUGAAUCGCAAGUUCUCGGUAAUGCAGACGAGGUCGAUGUGAAAAUUGGGAGAGUGACAGCAGAAAUUAUAUCUGUUGUGUCCCAAAUUCCUCUUGGCGAUAUGCCAGAGUCGGCUUUGCUGUUUCCCCUUUUCAUGGCAGGUGGAGAAAGUCAUGAAGAUGAUCAGAUUGAAGUCGUCCGCAGUCGUCUAAUCGCGAUGAUGGAGAAACGAAGAUUUCAUAACAUCCAACGCGCCUUGGACACGCUGGAAAAGGUUUGGAGUUUUAGGCAGAGUGUCAUUAAGCAACAUUUCAAUGUUGACAUUGAUUGGAAAGAUGUAAUAGAGGAAGACAGCUUAGGUGGUUUACUUCUCACUUGA